UUGAGGGUCAGGACCACAGGCGGAAAGACAGAGGCAACCAGGAGGUGCAUCUCUCGCUGCAAGUCGGAACGGACAGAGCUCCAGCCUCAGAAAAAAGGCUCCAGUUCAAAAAAGAUGCCAAGAGGCAGAAGGACCAGAGAACUCAUGAGCCUCACCUGGGGGGUGAAGAACCCAGCCUCAUCCAUGGCGACGGUGACACUGUUGAUCCUUCCCAUUCUCUGCAAAGCAGGUCUGCAGAGUCAGUACCCAGGAUACGACCUUAAAGCGCUAAAGGCUGUCACCGUGCAGAGAGGUCUCUGCGUUCACAUUCCCUGCAACUUCACUUAUCCCACUCAGUCCUCAACCACUUCUGAGGAUCCGUAUCCCGGGAAAUUAUACGCCUACUGGAUUAAGAACGAUGGUGCUGGGUCCACUAUUCGCAACACCGGGCAUGAAAAUAGUGGUAGUGUUGUUGCCAGUAGUGACAAUGCUCAACACAUUGCCUCAUUUGCUGGGAAUCGUUUCCAGUUGACUGGAAACCCAGCAGAAGGUGACUGCUCCUUUAGCAUCAAUGAUGCUCAGUUUCAGGAUGCAGGGCAGUACUAUUUUCGAAUUGAGAAAGGACAGAUCUUAAAAUUCAGCUAUCGUUUUUAUUAUAUUUUACCUGAUGUUUCUGUGACAGUGCUGGCAGAGAAGCCAAAGAUCCUGAACUCAUCGGAGGUGGUUUUGGGGAAGAGCGUCACCCUCAUCUGCCAGGCGCCAGGGACUUGCCCAUGGAAAGAAUUAUGGAGCCAGCCUAAAAUCUCAUGGAGUACUCCUUUGCAAGGAACAACAAGUGCACAGAACCAUCAGCACAAUAAUGGGAGCUGGACCUUUGCUUCUGGCUUCACCUUCACACCCACUCUGCAGACUCAAGGCAGAACCCUCACUUGCCGUGUCAGAUAUCCUGAAGUUGGGAAAACAGUUGAGAAUACAAUCUCUCUUGAAGUGAUCUACCCACCUCAGGACAUCAGAAUCACAAGGCCUGAUUUUUCCACACAGAAAGAAAAGCUGGUGGUUCGAGAAGGUGCCACUGUCAGCCUGCUUUGUGAAGCUCAGGGCAAACCUAUUCCCUCCGUGACAUGGAUGAAGAACAACAAGACCCUAAACAACCAUAUGCAGGGCAGUAAAGAAAGUCUUCAACUGUCCAACAUUACAUCAGAGGAUGCUGGGAUGUAUCAAUGUCAGGCAGAGAAUCCACAUGGCUCUAUCAGGAAGAAUCUUUCAGUGAUUGUGCAAUAUCGCCCCAGGACAAUGACGUUCAAUGUCACCCAUGCACACAGGAGGGACCCAGCACUAGCUCGAGGUUCCCCCAGGGAAGUAGCCAGUGGCUCCCAGUUGACGGUUCAGGAAGGCAACUUAUUGCGGCUGCUCUGCAAAGCCGAUAGCAACCCUGCAGCCACUCUGAGCUGGUUCAAGGAAGGCAGGGCCUUGAAGAAGCUGCCAGAUGACUGGUUGGAGCUGGUCAAUGUGAAAGUAGAGGAUCAGGGUGACUACAAGUGCCAGGCUCAGAACGCCAUAGCCUCUGCUGAGGGAUUCCUCCACCUCCUUGUAGAAUAUGCCCCCAAGCUCAGCAAAAAAAACCAGAAAAACACUACCUGUUGGCGUAAGGACAAUGACAUCCUCUGCAACUGUUCCCUGCACUCCAAGCCUCUACCUCGGAUCCAUUGGCAAGUGGGCGGGAUGACUGUAGCUGAGAACAGCAGCACGGCAAACCUGAAAGUCUCUUCCUCAGUCCAGAAGAAUGAGGUCACCAGCUCCCUAAUUUGGACAGGUAGCCCGAAUGGCGACCUCAGCAUCAUCUGUCUUGGGAACAAUUCUCUGGGAACCUACACCAUGCAAUUCCUCCUUAGUUCCUUGAAAACAGGUGCAGGAAGCCAUUCAGCACUGCUCCUUUCUGGGCUGUGUGGGGCUUUGCUGGCAGCAGUUGUCUUCCUGCUCUGCCUGGGCCUGAUCAAGUUUUAUAAGAAGAGGAAAGCAACUCCGAAAGUGGCCACCCCAUUGGCUGUGGAUUCGGCUAAUUGUGUAAACUCAGCUAAUUAUGUAAAUUCUGCCAAUGGAGGGCAGCAGAGAGCAAACAACCUCAGCCUGAUCUAUAGCAACUAUUUACCUCAGGGUCAAAGAUCACCCCAUGUUGGCCAGCCUAAAGCAGCUGGAGAGAGGACCCCGAAACCCAGGCAGAUCGCCAGACCUCCCAGUCCAAGCGCCGAGGAACCAGAAGAGGUUCACUAUACAACUGUGGCAUUCAAAAGCAAGGGACCUCCACCCCCAGUGGAGGAGUCUGUGGAAUAUUCAGAAAUCAGACGGGAAUGAAAAGGAAAAAAAAACACCUUGCUUCUCAAUAGGAGAACAAUCCCAUCAUGAUGGAAGGGCGUUAUUUGACUGACAAGAGGAGCUGGGUGUGAAAGCGAGCUGGACUUCAAGAAUAAGCAAACUGGAUUUAGUGUCCACCAAGUAAAUUGACUGGGCAAGAGAAGCAUUAGAUAUGCCGGAAGUGGAAAGGGUCUUCCAUUUUAGUAACUCUGGUGUUUUUGGCUUGUUUGUUUGUUUUUACACAUGGAAGGAGGAACCAGAAGAAGGCAAUGGUAGUGGACAUAGUUAACCAACUUACUCUGAACGGGGUAGACAUCAUCAGCUGUCAACUACCUGCCUUUUUGUCUGUGUACAUCUUCCCUCCCCAAAGUGAUUGGCUGGACUGUUGUGAUGUCAUGGACUGUUCCACUGCUCAGUAGGGGAAAAAAAACAGCACACCAUCUUCUAAAGCAGCCUUCGCCAACCUGGUACCCUCUAGAUGUUUUAAGCUGCAGCUUCCAUCAUCUGCCAGGAUACAUGGCCAAUGGUCAAGGAUGUUGGGACUUGUAGUCCAAAACAUCUAGAGCGCAGCAAGUUGGGUAAAGUUGUUCUAAAGAUUUUGUUUGAAAAGAUUAUUGCGGCGGGGGGGGGGGAGCCUACAUUGUACAGCUCUAUUUUUUAAAAGUAUUUCCAGUACAUCUCACUAACUUUCUUGCUUUGUGGCUCUUAAUUAUUUAUUUGAUGUGCUUGUAUCCUGCCUUUAUACGGAGAAAUAAUUUACAUGCUUUGUGCUUCUAUCAUAGCUGCCAAGUUUUCCCUUUUCUCAUGAGGAAGCCUAUUCAGCAUAAUGGAAUUUCCCUUUAAAAAAGGGAUAACUUGGCAGCUAUGUUCUAUACAGCACCUGCCCUUUCUCUAUUUAGGAUGGUCAUCCCAAUAGCCUUUCCACACCCAAAAGCAUUUUGCAGAUUUCUUCCCGCGUAGCCAUGCAACAUUAGGUAAAUAGGAAACUGCCACACAAAGUGCUGCUGAAAAAAUUUGAAAGCCCCAAGUUUCUCUCACACACUUGCCUCAGGCUCUGUUUCUUUUGCUGGAGGGGCAGAACGCUUCUAGUAUAUUCUGAAAUAUAUAUUUUUUCCUGUGUAGAGCACAAGGUUCAUUUGCUGGCAUUCAAUAAUUUAUUAAAAAAAAUCUUCCACACAUGUGGUAUACAUGCAUGUCUCUGUGUUAAUUAAUAUGUUGUUCUCUUCCCCAAGCUGUUGGGGAUCAUAAAUCUGAUUCAGGCUGUCUUUAUGGCGGUGACUCCUUAGAUCGAUUUUCCCUCCCUCGACCUUUCAUUUCCUGUCUCAUCCUAUUUUCUCUAAGUGCUGCAGUGACAUUUCCUCCUGGAUGUACCGACUGCCCCCUCAAACAGAACUUGGCAAAGAUUAUAAGCUUCUUAAUCUUUUCCUGUCAUUAUUGUGACCCCCUUGGAGAUAACACUGUCAUUUUGACUCUGUCCUCUGCCUUCUCUCAGGCAAGCAGUUUGGGGGGCUACUCUUUUUGAGAACUGUGAGAAAUGGGGCACACAAUUUGGCCCAAAGCAGAGUGAUGGGUAUGCACUGGGGAAGGGGAGAGAAGGAUAAGCUGAGAAAACACUUGAGGUGGUUGCAUCCGAUAUGGUACUAGGGUAAAAUGGUGUGCUUGUUCCACUGGCAAAAUAUUUUGUGCCAGCAGAGCAUCAUUGUGCAAGAGAACGCUCAAGCGGGUCGCUGGUAACUUUGCCACACAAUAGAUUGUAUGAUCUGUUGCACAACAAGUUUACAUUAGUGCCCCUUCUCUGCCACAACAUUAAAACUUGCCCUCUCAUCUGCUAGCACAAGAUUCCUUGCACUAGUGAACAGAGAACAUUGCCUACAGUCCUUGGUUUACCAGGUCCCAGGUCGUCAUGGUGCACACACAACAAUUUCAGAGCAUGUUGCGUUGUCUGGGCUUGCAGGUGUGCAAUUCAACACCAUAGGGCUCUAAAACCUCCUACCAAAUAGGGGAUGCAGGGAAAAAAAGAGUGUGAUCAACAACUUACAGAUGUUGCUGGAUUCAGGGUCCCUUCAGAGGUGAUGGGAGCUUGCAUCCAACAACAUUGGAGGGCCAAAGGUUCCCCAUCCCUGAUGUACAGAUUUAUUUUCAUCAGUUAUAUUUUACUAAGUUUCAGCAUUUUCAACAGAUAGCACAAAUUUCAUCUCUUCUCUUAUUUUUGUCAACUUCCCACCCCUUUUCCCAUGGAGUUUUUUUGUGCUGUGCCCUAUUUUCUAUCUUAUCAUAACCACAAUAUUAUAAUCUAAUGACUUCUGUUUCUCAUAGCUGAAAUCCUGAUUGUGAGUUCAUCAUACCGUAACAUUUAAAUAGUCCAAAAAAAUGCAUCCAUUCUUCCAUAAAAUACUCAGAGUGACGUACAGAUUUAUUUGAUAAACAGAAGCAUGGGUAAACUCCAAAUGGGUCAGAAAACCUGCCCCACCCACUGCCCCACUUGGAGUCCUUGAGCUGAGCUGUGACUUCUUUAGGGAGGCUUUUAAUGUUUAAUAGAUUACUGUAUUUUAUUUUUUCUGUUGGAAGCCGCCCAGAGUGGCUUGGG